AUGGCCCUCGUCAGCGUCGACACCUCGCUCAAGGUGCCUCCUCCAGACACCGUCGCAAAGCCUCCCGAUGUGGUUGUAACUCCCUGUGAUCCAUGGCCUGCGCCAUACUUUAUGGAGGGUGGAUUGCGCCGUGUUCGCCCCUAUCAUUACACCUAUAACACAAACUGCAAGGAGCGAUGGCGGGGUCGAAACCUAGAGGACAUUUUCACCUCGGAAUUCCGAGACCGGGCACCAGAUUACUAUAGGAAUGCCCUUGACAACGGCCUUAUCUGCGUGAACGGCAAGACCGCAGGCCGCGAUACCAUCAUCAAGAACGGCCAGGUCGUCUCGCACACUACCCACCGCCACGAACCUGCAGUGACCAGCCUCCCGAUUGGCAUUAUCCACGAAGAUGAUGACCUGAUUGUCAUUGACAAGCCGGCCGGUGUGCCCGUUCAUGCCGCUGGCCGGUACCACUACAAUUCGAUCGUUGAGAUUUUGCGCGCAGAGCGUGGCCAGGAGUGGAUUCCACGGCCAUGCAACCGGCUGGAUCGGCUGACUUCGGGAAUCAUGUUUAUCGGGAAACACCCCAAGGGCGCCGAGAAGAUGGCGAGAGCGUUGCAGGCCCGAACCGUGCAGAAGGAGUAUGUUGCCCGUGUCAAGGGCUACUUCCCCGACGGCGUGGUGGUUUGUGACCAGCCCAUUAUGCAAGUCAGUCCAAAGCUGGGUCUGAACCGUGUGCGUGCUACGGGCAAAGAGGCUACGACCAAGUUCCGUCGUCUGGCAUAUUAUCCCCCUCAGGCGGCUAUCGCCUCUGCAGAGAAACACGCCUCCAGCGGCGCGGUGACUCCCCCGCCGGCCCUUGCCAACGAGAGCGAGGGAUACAGCAUUGUUCACUGUUUCCCCCUGACUGGACGGACCCACCAGAUACGAGUGCACCUCCAGUUCUUGGGUCACCCAAUCACCAACGACCCAAUCUACUCGAACCGUCGUGUGUUUGGACCAGAGCUUGGCCGCCACGAAACUAGCGGCGAUCGUGAUGAUGAAAUUAUGGAGCGGCUCCACCGUAUGGGCAAAACCGAAGUUGCCGACACAGUCUCAUACCGCACCCACUUGACCGCCGCGCCGAACGUUCCGCCGGGGACCGAUCCUGCCAUCCUCGCGGAGAUCAUGCAUCGAGAACAGCAAGCCGCCUCAGAAGACUAUGAGAAGCGCAAGGGAGAGCGUCUGUCUGGCAAAUACUGUGAUGUCUGUGGAACGGAGCUCUAUACCGACCCGGGGGCCCAUGAGCUCGGUAUCUUCCUGCACGCCGUAGCUUACGCUGACCGCGACGGCGACUGGGCAUACCGCAGUCCGAUGCCAUCUUGGGGUCGCCCCCCACCUGGGAUGGACGGACCGUGUGAGGUCCCUGAUUGGGUUCCUGUUCCGGAGAGCGAGGAAAUCGUGGUUGGACAUGGGACUGUUCCUCCGGAGAUCGGUGUGGAUGAUGACCAGGAGACAAAGCCCGUUUCCAGCACGGUUCUUGUUCGAGGCGUUGGACUACUCGACUUUUCGGACCCGAGACAUGGUCUGAACUGCGUCGUUUCCCAGCCGAAGGAAACGGAACCGACGCCUCCGUCAAAUCCUUGA